GGUGCCGAGUACUAGUAGCCGUACAGAGGCCUAUUGCGUCGCGAAAUGCACCCUGGUUCCCUUGUUAUUGUCAUCAUAACAGAUGCCAGUCAUGUGCUCGCGCUUGUCGUUUGGACUAGCACUGCGCUCAGGCUCUCUGCAAACACCAUUAACUUUGUAUUGCUUGACUCUGCCUUUCAUUCAUCCCUGAUACACACUUCGUUGCUACUCUGGGGCAAUGGUUUUGAAUAUCUUUCAUAUAUCUUCCAGCUAUAACUAUCUCGAACCAAAUAGUAUUGAGCUCUUUUGAUCCACAUGACAUUGCUAGCCUGUUGGUAAACAGUAAGGUGACUAAUGAAGGAGAGAUAUGCUCACCCCUUCGUGGUCCGAAUUACAGUAAUAUGCGACUUGGCCUCGGUCACUAUGCUUGAACUAUUCUGAAUUUCGUGACAGUGCAUAGUGUCAUUGGAUCAAAC